AUGUCUCUUGUGUUCGACGAGUUCGGCCGUCCCUUCGUGAUCAUCCGGGACCAGGAGAACAAGCAGCGCCUGACCGGUGUUGAUGCGAUCAAGUCCCACAUUCUGGCCGCCAAGACCGUGGCCAACAUCAUGCGCUCCUCCCUCGGCCCUCGCGGCCUGGACAAGAUCAUGGUUUCCGCCGAUGGUGAUGUCACUGUCACCAACGACGGCGCCACCAUCCUCCAGCGCAUGGAGGUUGAGCACCAGAUCGCCAAGCUCCUUGUCCAGCUGUCCAAGUCUCAGGACGACGAGAUCGGCGAUGGCACCACCGGUGUCCACUUAUGCCUGACCGACUCUCCAUUCCCCCUCCCCCCCCGCCCCCCCCCUCCCUCCACCCCACCCCCCCCCCCCACACCCCUCUCACUGCGACCGCUCAUUCGCACACUCCCCCCCCCCGACCGUGGUCUGCAUCCCAUCCGCAUUGCCGAUGGCUUUGAGCGCGCCUGCCAGAUCGCCAUCAAGCGCCUGGAUGAGAUUGCCGACACCGUGGAGUUCAGCAACGACAACAUCGAGCCCCUGCUGAAGACCGCCUCUACCUCCCUCGGGUCCAAGAUCGUCUCCAAGUUCCUCCCCCUGUAUGCGGACAUCGCCGUGCGCGCGGUUCUCUCGGUGGCCGAUCUCGAGCGCAAGGAUGUCGACUUCGACCUGAUCAAGAUGACCGGCAAGGUCGGCGGGUCCAUGGAGGACACUCGUCUGGUCCAUGGUGUCGUUUUGGACAAGGAGAUCUCCCACCCCCAGAUGGACAAGGAGAUCACCGACGCCAAGAUCAGCAUCCUCACCUGCCCCUUCGAGCCCCCCAAGCCCAAGACCAAGCACAAGCUGGACAUCAGCAGCGUGGCCGAGUACGAGAAGCUCCAGGAGUACGAGCGCAAGGUCUUCGAGGACAUGAUCCUCCGCGUCAAGGAGUCCGGCUCCAACCUGGUUGUCUGCCAGUGGGGCUUCGACGAUGAGGCCAACCACCUGCUCAUGCUGCACGACCUGCCGGCCAUCCGUUGGGUUGGUGGCCCGGAGCUCGAGCUCAUCGCCAUCGCCACCAACGGCCGGAUUGUUCCCCGCUUUGAGGAGCUGUCCGAGGGCAAGCUCGGCCAUGCUGGCCGCGUGCGCGAGGUCACCUUCGGCACUUCCAAGGAUCGCAUGAUCUUCAUUGAGAACUGCGAGAACAGCCGUGCUGUCACUGUCCUCGUGCGUGGUGGCAAUGCCAUGCUCAUCGAGGAGAUCAAGCGCUCUCUGCACGAUGCCAUGUGCGUCACCCGCAACCUCAUCCGCGAUAACCGCAUCGUCUAUGGUGGUGGUUCCGCCGAGAUUGCCUGCUCCAUCGCCAUUUCCGCCGAGGCCGACAGCGUCCCCUCCAUCGAGCAGUACGCCAUGCGCGCCUACGCCGCCGCGCUGGAUGCCGUCCCCAUGGCCCUGGCCGAGAACUCCGGCUUCUCGCCGAUCGACGAGCUCACUUCCGUCAAGGCCGCCCAGAUCGCCGAGGGCAACUCCCGCCUCGGUGUCGACGCCAACGACAAGGGCACCAACGACAUGCGCGAGCAGUAUGUCUUCGACCCGCUCAUUUCCAAGAAGCAGCAGCUUCUCCUGGCUACCCAGCUGGUCAAGAUGAUCCUCAAGAUCGACGAUGUCAUCAUCUCCGGCUCGCAGUAA